AUGCCGUCCACGUCGGCGGUAGCUCAAAGUAACGACGUCAGUCACCAUAGCUAUGGAACUACUCAAGCCACCGGAGCCACUGCUGCUGUCUGGGAACAUCGCAAAAAACUGGGACCUGUUCAAGCAGAAAUUCGAGCUCUUUCUGAGGGCAACGGAGCCAGCCAAAGAACCAAGGUCGGCAUCGGUCAAGACCGCUCUCCUGCUGAGUGUAGCCGGGGAUGACGCUUUGGAGGUAUUCAACAAUUUUGUGUUUGCCGAAAGCGAGAAUAAGGAAGAUUACGCGACGGUCGCACUCAAGUUUGAGGAGUACUGUAGACAACAGCAGAAUGAGGUCUACGAGAGGUACAUCUUUCGAACAAGAACGCAAGUUGAAGCAGAACCUUUCGAGCAUUUUUUGAGUGAAUUGAGGAAAGAAGCACGCGGCUGUAACUUCGCGCAGUUGACCGACACAAUGAUUCGGGAUCAGAUUGUGUUCGGUACAAACAAUUCAAAGUUGAGAGAGAAAAUGCUCAAAGAAAAAGAUCUAACGCUGCUCAAGGCUGAACAGAUCUGUAAAGCAGCGGAAGUAUCCGCCCAGCAGAACGAAGUGUGGGCGCAGGCGGAAAAACAAGUGGCGCUGGUGAAAAAGAAGCAACAGUACAAAUGUGCCAAGUGCAACCGGCCGCACGAGCCAGGACGGUGUCCGGCAUUUGGAAGGUCAUGCUUCUUGUGCAGAGGUACUAACCAUUUUGCGGCUUGCUGCAAGAAAGGGCCGCAAGUGAAGGAAGUACGCGAAGACCACGAGACCUUCGACAUCCUCGACCUGAAGAUAGACAGCGUCGGCAACCAUGCGGACUGGAUCAUCCACGCAAUGGUGGCGGACCAGCCAGUCGUCUUGAAGGUGGACACGGGCUCCCAAGCUAACCUGCUGCCUUAUUCGAUCUAUCGGAGGUGCAGGAACAAGGCGAACUUGAAACCAAGCGGCUCUGUGCUUCGAUCAUACAGCGGGGACGCCAUCAAGCACAUCGGGGUUGCAACUCUACGAGUGGUAAUGGACAAUCGGUCCGGCGACAUCGACUUCUUCAUUGUCAAAAAAGGCAGCCAGGCACUACUCGGACUGCUAGCAAGUGAGGCGCUGGGACUUGUGUCGCGCUCGCUAUUUCAGGGUACCGGCUGCCUGGCACGUCAGUAUCGGAUGGUCCUGCGAGAUGACGCAACACCGGUAGUUCAACCGGCACGACGAGUACCUCUGGCGCUGCGAGAGCCUCUUCGAGAGGAGCUGGAGCGUAUGGAACGAGCUGACAUCAUCCGCAAAGUCAAUGGGCCAACGGACUGGGAAAACUGCUACUGCUGGCCGACAUGCUAUCAAGGUCGUCACCAGUUACCACAAAGGACACCGCUGGAAAUCGUCACCAAGGAGCAACUUUUCUUCCUCCAGAUGUGGGACCACGACGACUGCCUGGUUCAGCGUCUGUCCGUCAGCUGUCACUGUGGCAGUCGCUUCGCCGAGGUUCGUGAGGGAUUGAUCACUUGCACCAUGGAGAUGGAUGGAAGAAGAUUGAAUCAGAAGGUGCAACUGGUCGGCAAUGGAAACGUUGAUGAGACUUCUCAUUGCCCCUUAAUCCAAGAAAGCUGUCAGGGGCUGUCCGUUUAG